CAAGAUAGAUAGAUAUUAACAAAUUCCUUCAACUAAACACAUCAAUUUUGCAUCCACAAUCCUUCAUCCACAUUGUCCCAAUUGAUCAUAAACCACCCCCAAAUAUCAUAAAACUUAUGCAUUCAUGUUCACAUUUUGGGGGUUUUUACUCUUCGAUCAAUUGAACAAACAUGGCAUCAAAUUUCGACCGAUGGGAGAGAGAUCCAUUCUUUCCUGCUGCAGAAGAAGUUCAAGAAUCCGCCGAUCGGAUGGUGUCUACGUAUAGAACGUUGAUUCAUGCGUCUAAGGAACCUUCUGUGUGGAAUUCUGAUGCUCUUCGUAGAGAUUUACGAACCGCCCUUGGUACUACAAAAUGGCAGUUGGAGGAAUUUGAAAGGGCAGUUAUAUCCAGUUAUGACAAGAAUUCUACAGAUGAUACAAAAGACCGACAUCAUGAUUUCAUUAAUGCAAUGGAGAAUCAGAUCUCUAGAGUUGAAAGUUCAUGGAAUGAUUCAUCGGUUUCAGCAGGGAAACCGCCACGACCAUGGGUUCGCCUUGAUGAACGGGAGAGAAAAGAACUUGCACUAUUUCUUUCAGGGUCAAAAUCACCCGGUGAUGACCGACCCGCACAGAAUCGAUUCAAUGAUGAACACAGGGAAAGACGGAAACAAAAGGUGGACGCUAAAGAUAAGUUUUCAGGGCAUAGAAGAACUGCAAGUGCGAGUGCAGACAUCGGUUCAUGGAAGAUAAACGUCGAUAACGACAACCUUCUUCCCGAUGGAAAAAUCGACAAACCCCCGAGAAAGAUUCCAAGCUUUUCGGGUCUUUUAAACACGUUGGAAUCUGCGUCAAAGUUUAAAUGGCCAAACAACGGGUAUAAAAAACUAACCCAAGAGGCUGAUGAUAGAUCGUUAGAGACGGGACCUUUGACUAGAGGUGUUGAUGCAAGUAAUGACGAGAGUAAAAGUCGCCAGGAAUGGUCGGAUUGUUAUGAUAAACGGCUUUAUGGUUGGUAUGGUGCUAUUCAAAGACAAGUCCAAAGGUCGCAGUAUUAUAUACUGUAUAGUCGGCGCACCCGAACAAUGUUUUGGUUUCUCAUUUUCAUUUGCUUGCUUGGUUUAAUGGUAGUUCGUUUGAUUUAAAGUGGGGCUACAUGCUUUUCCCAAAGGCGACUUGGUAAACAUUGUAUGUCGUUUUGAUAUAGCAGCUAUCGGCUUAUUGCUCUCGUCUCCUGCCCCGUUUUGACAUCCUCCAUCAGUUUUGAUGUAGAUUGUAGUCUUGUACAAAUGUUGUUUCUUAAACUUUGCUUUAUGUAAUGUAAAUAGUAGUUUGUUUUAACAUACUUGCAUAUAGUUUUAAUUCUUUGACUAUGGAGAUGGUGUAUGCAAUGUACAAUGUUUUCUGGUCGUAA